CCUGACCGCGGCCAUCUUGGAAUCACAUCACUGUGUAAAGCAAGCGUUCGAGACACUGCGUGGUCCUCCGGCUCAUUGAUUGCGAUAUCCUGGCGCUAACUAUCAAGAGGAGCUGUUUUGCAUCCCGAUCUAACAAAGCCAGUAGAUACAAUCAUUUAUUUUAUUUUGCUCGCUGAGUGCUCAGGAAAAGUCGGGCAGAAUUUUGAAGGAACCGCUAUGGCGACUGCAAGCGCUACCCCAAGCCGUGAAGCUGGCCGGUCAGCGGCCUCCACUCCUCUCUCCCCGACUCGGAUUUCUCGUUUACAGGAGAAACAGGAGUUGCAGCAUCUGAACGACAGGCUGGCUGUGUACAUCGAUCGCGUGCGGGCGCUGGAAUUGGAGAAUGACCGGCUAAUGGUCAAAGUGUCGGAAAAAGAAGAGGUGACUACGAGAGAGGUAACAGGCCUAAAGGCUCUGUAUGAGGCAGAGUUGGCUGAUGCUCGGCGAGUUUUGGAUGAAACUGCUAAAGAGAGAGCCAGGCUCCAGAUAGAUCUGGGCAAGGCUCAGGCUGACCUGGAAGAAGCUACACGCAGUAUAAAGAAAAAGGAUGGUGAUCUUGCUGCAGCAAUGUCCAGGGCCAGUGGUUUGGAAGCCCAGCUGAACAAGAAUGAAGCAGCUCUUUCAACAGCUCUAAGCCAAAAUGCUGCUCUGAGCUCUGAGCUAGCUGAUGUCAAGAACCUGCUGGCCAAGGCAGAGGACAGCCAUGCUGUUGGUAAACGCCAGCUGGAGGCAGAAACGCUGAUGCGUGUGGACUUGGAGAACCGCUGUCAGUCACUGAGUGAAGAGCUGGAGUUCAGGAAGACUAUGUUUGAUGAGGAGGUGCGUGAGUCUCGCCGUCGACAUGAGCAGAGAAUAGUGGAGGUGGACUCUGGAGUCAGACAGGACUAUGAGUUCAAACUGGCACAAGCUUUACAGGACCUGCGGAGGCAACAUGAUGAGCAAGUCUCUAUUUAUAAGGAAGAACUGGAGCAAACGUUUCAGGCCAAGUUGGAUAAUGCCAAAGUGUCAUCUGAGAUUAAUGACAAGGCAAUGAGCUCAGCCAGGGAGGAGCUGCAGGAGUCUCGUACCAGAAUAGAGAGCCUUGGGUACCAGCUCAGCGCCCUGCAGAAACAGGUGGUUGCCUCAGAAGAUCGUAUCAGAGAGUUGGAAGAAAUUCUGUCGUCUGAGCGAGACAAGCACCGCCGUGCCAUCGAAGCAAAAGAACAAGAAAUGGCUGAACUGAGAGACCGGAUGAACGCUCAGCUCAGUGAAUACCAGGAGCUGCUGGAUGUGAAGCUGGCUCUGGAUAUGGAGAUCAAUGCAUACAGGAAACUGCUGGAGGGAGAGGAACACAGACUGAAGCUGUCCCCCAGCCCGUCUUCCCGAGUCACAGUGUCCAGAUUAACAGGAUCUUCAUCCUCCCGCUCCUCUAAGAGGAAGAGAGCGGAAGCAGAGGUUAGGGAGAUGCCCGAGAUUGGAAGAGGAGAGGAGCAGUUGCUGGUGUCAGAAGAGGUGUGGUCUGCCGAUGCUGGUAUGGCUCACAGUCCUCCAACUGACUUGCUGUGGAAAAGCCAGGCUUCCUGGGGCACAGGAAAUGACAUAGUUACCUCUUUGGUCAAUGCUGAUGGCGAGGAGGUGGCCAGGAGGACUGUAACCAACACUCAGGUGGAUGUAGAUGAUGUUGAUGGCGAGGAGGAGACAGUGGCACAAACGGGAAAAGUGUCGUCCAGAGAGUGUGCCAUCAUGUGAAGCCGUCCUCAUAAGUAGAUGGCUUUUACCCUUUAUAUACUACUUUUUUCUUCUAGAGCCAUUCAGAUAUGAUCCUGUCCAUUGCCUCAUUAUGUGAUGUUUUUACUAUUCAAGAUCAUUUUUUGUAUAAUGGACUUGGUUUUUAUAGCUUUCCAUAUUUCUGCACCUACUUUAAUGAGUCAAUAAAAAUUAGUCAGACGCCAGCAACGAUGGAUUAGACAUGAUGGAUCCCAACUCCUAAGCACAACAGAACAUGGUAUAUAGACACUAUAUAUGGUAUAUAGAAUAUAUAUACUAUAUAUAGUAUAUAUGCUAUGUACACCCGCUGUAUACUGGAUAUGUACUGGGUAAAAUGCAUCUGUUAUCAAACCCCUUUCUUGUGACAUCAGGGCCUUUCUGAAUGUGUUUCUAACUUUAACAUUUAUUGCGUGGAUACUCAUGUUUGUCUGCUGCAUGUUUUUUUUUUUUAGUAUUUUUUGAAGUCUUCCUUUCACUUGCAUCCAAAUGCAAAUGAAACUAUACAUUCUUGUUCAGUUACCUUGGAUUUCCCUAUUCAAAAGGUGGUUUGCAAAUUGACCGGAUCCAGUUCUUCUACUUUGGGCUCAAUCUAACCACCUCUAACCUUUGAGGUACACUCGGUUGAUACUUGACCUUCUGGUCACAACCCAGAACUCUUUGUGACUAUGCUCCGUACAUUUCUCUUCCUUAUUUCUUCAAAGGUGAAGAUAAAACGUUCUAAGAUUUCUGAAAACUAAAAGCAGCCUCCUUUUUUUGUUAAAUGUGGCUCCCAGUUGAGCUGCAGGCCGAAAUCCAUAAAGCCAGGAAAAAACACAAGACAACUGCCAAACCUAAAAUCACGCAGCUCUCCCGUCUGUGUUCUUACGACCCUCAACAAGACUAGCAUGGUCAGAAUUAUGUGAUGCACGUGAACCCUGCUUUCCUGGGGAAAUGUGCUUUGUUGAACUCAGUCCUAUCCACACCUAGAAGAGCUGCGAGUGCUCCAAAGCAGCUGUGUAAACCCUGACAGCAGACCCAGAGGAAGUCCAGGGCCCUCACACCGCUCCAUUACAGUGUUUGAAUGUUCUUAUUUAGCUCUUAUUUUUUGAAUUACACUGCAACUUGUUGCCUAGACUGGCUUUAUUUGUUGCUAAUAGUUUUUUGUAGAGAUUUUCUUAGUGAGGCCAGCACUUUUUUUUUUUGACCAAAAAACACUAGUGGUUCAUUUUGACUGGCAACGCUUCUGUUAGCAGGUGCGUGUCUAUGCUGCCCGUGUGUAGUCUGCAGAGGAAGAAAUCUGCACUUGUAACAAAAACUGACCGAUGCCUCCAGAGAACCAAUGGAACUAAACUUCAGAACAAUAAUAGAACACUUACUACAAAUGCUGACAUUGUAGGGUGGGUGGCAUCUUCUUACAGUCUGCUGUUCUGCCUCUUGUUGCCGUUUUCAGUUUUCAUUCAACAAAGUUGGAGAACUAACUGGUGCUUCUCAGACUUGCUAAAUGUUGCGUCUCUGAGCCAAAACACUCAUCCCAGAAACAGGACGUAUGUGUGCAGACAGACAGGAUAUUGGACUCAUCUAACCAACAUGCCAGGCUGUUAAUAAGCACCUGGAUCUGCAGAGUGGAGCUGAGGCUUUAGGGUUUAGGAACAUUUACCAUGCAGCGGCCAGUUUUUCUUUGCCUGGGUUUGUUCUUCUUUGGACAGUGCAGUGUCAAUUGGAUUAGGUUAGAUGAUGAAAUUAAAGUUAAAGCUUUCUCAAUCUGAAACCUAAAACUGACAAAAUUUUUGAAGUGUGUGGGAUAAAGGAUGGAAGUAAGAUUCCUGUUUCCUCAGACUUUUGCAGGUCUGACGUGAUAUUUCGAGUACACGGUCUCCGUCUGUACUCUGUUUCUGACUUGAGCACACUGUAUGAGUUUUUCUCAUACCUGCUGUGUGUUAUUGUGGAAACAGCUCUCUCUCGUGUGUUUGUGUUGUGUGAUUUACUAGUUCUAUGUAAUCAGUUUAACUUUUUUUUUUUUUAUGUGUGUACAAUUCUUAGAUUGGCUCUGGUAGGGUUUUUGUGACUUAAUGAAACUGGGAAACUCGACGUUAUAUUUCAGGGUCCAUGUAAAAAAUAAACAAAAAAAUUAGCUAAACACUAUUCCUGUAGUGUUCCACUAAAAAGUCGAAAGGCUUCACUUGAUACGAACAGUUAAUAUAAAAUGUUUUGAUUUCUAUUGGGAGAAAGCACCAGUUGCUUUACUAAUAACUGAAAAGUAACCAACAUUGAUGACAACAAAAGUCCGAAGAACCGGAGAAAUGCUAUUAUUCAUGUAGGGGUUAUGGCAUGUAUUGUCUGUUUUAUCUAUGAUUUUCUGUCAAGCUACUUUUUGUACACUUAAUAAAUGUUUUACACAUA